AUGGUAUUUUUGUUCUGUGGCGGCGAUGUUGUAAAGCAAUUCUGGAGCCCAAACAGUAUCAACAAGAACAAAGCUAUGGUGGAGAACUUGCAAAAUCAUGGCGUAAUCACGUCUGAUGAAGUUGCUAAAGCUAUGGAGGCUGUGGACAGAGGCGUCUUUGUGCCAGACCCUUCCUCUGCUUACGUCGACAGUCCCAUGUCUAUCGGGUACAACGCCACCAUAUCAGCACCUCACAUGCACGCAAUGUGCCUUCAACUUCUCGAGAAGAAUCUGAAACCAGGAAUGCGUGUUCUUGAUGUUGGCUCCGGGACCGGGUACUUGACAGCUUGCUUUGCGGUUAUGGUUGGACCCGAAGGGCGUUGUGUAGGUGUGGAACACAUCCCUGAAUUGGUUGCUUCUUCCAUGAAGAAUAUUGAAGCCAGUGCUGCUUCUCCAUUAGUCAAACAAGGAUCUCUCGCUGUUCACGUUGGCGAUGGAAGGCAAGGAUGGGCUGAGUUCGCACCGUACGAUGCUAUUCAUGUGGGAGCAGCAGCGCCGGAGAUCCCAGAGGCGUUGAUUGAUCAGCUGAAACCUGGUGGGAGACUGGUGAUACCGGUGGGGAACAUAUUCCAAGAUCUGAAAGUGGUGGAUAAGAACUCAGACGGUUCGGUUAGCAUCAAGAGCGAAACUUCAGUGCGUUAUGUUCCUUUGACUAGCCGUGAAGCCCAAUUGAGAGGAGACUGA